AUGUACUUCAGAUGAUGGGACGUGCUGGCAGACCACAGUUUGAUGACCAAGGAAAAGCUGUAAUCCUAGUUCAUGAUAUUAAGAAAGACUUCUACAAAAAAUUCCUUUAUGAACCUUUCCCAGUGGAAUCAAGCUUGUUAGAAGUGCUGGCUGACCACCUGAAUGCUGAAAUUGCUGCUGGAACUAUUACGUCUAAGCAGGAUGCAAUGGAUUAUAUCACUUGGACUUAUUUCUUCCGUCGACUUAUAAUGAACCCAACUUACUAUAACUUGGACGACGUGAGCCAUGACAGUAUGAAUAAGUACCUCUCAAGCCUUGUUGAGAAAUCCCUCUUUGAUUUGGAAUGCUCCUACUGUAUUGAAAUUGGGGAGGAUAAUCGCAGCAUUGAACCUCUGACAUAUGGCCGCAUUGCUUCCUAUUACUAUUUGAAGCAUCCAACUAUUGGGAUGUUCAAAGAUCAGUUGAAACCUGAAAGCAACGUUGAAGAAUUGCUUUUCAUUCUGACAAAUGCUGAGGAGUACACAGAUCUGCCUGUGAGACACAAUGAAGAUCAGAUGAACAGUGAACUGGCAAAACAUCUUCCAAUUGAAGUCAAUCCCCAUUCAUUUGACAGUUCACACACAAAAACACACCUCCUGCUGCAAGCCCACUUCAGUCAUGCCAUGCUGCCUUGUCCAGAUUAUGCAACUGAUACAAAGACAGUGCUGGACCAAGCAAUUAGAAUAUGUCAGGCAAUGCUGGAUGUUGCAGCACAUCAUGGCUGGCUGGUGACUGCUCUGAAUAUAACCAAUCUGGUGCAAAUGGUGGUUCAGGGUAGAUGGAUACAUGACUCUUCCCUGCUUACUUUGCCCAAUAUAGAGCUACAACACCUUUACCUUUUUCGAAAGUGGAGCCAAGGCAAAAGGAAGAGUGCGCACGGAGGUUACCAAGGACCUAUUGAGUGUCUUCCCGAACUAAUGGCUGCCUGCGAAGGAAAAGAGAAUGUUUUUGCUUCCAUUGUGGACAGUGAAUUGCAAACAGCACACAUUUCACAGGCUUGGAAUUUCUUAUGCCGUUUGCCAAUUCUAAACGUCAGCCUGAGCAUUAAAGGCUGUUGGGAUGACUCAGUUCAGCCACAGAACGAAGUGCCUGUUCCUUCUUUGACAACUGACAUGCGAGAUGACAAAAGAUGGAUCAAAUUACAUGCUGAUCAAGAGUAUGUGCUCCAAAUAAAUCUGCAGAGACUCCAGAUGGGGUAUCAGGGAAAGCAAGACAGUAAAGCAGUGGCUCCUCGAUUCCCCAAAGUUAAAGAUGAAGGAUGGUUUUUGAUAUUGGGAGAAGUCGAUAAAAAAGAACUCAUCGCCCUGAAAAGAACUGGAUAUGUCAGAAAUCGAAAUACUGUUUCUGUUGCUUUUUAUACUCCAGAGACUCCUGGAAAGUGUAUUUACACACUCUAUCUCAUGAGCGACAGUUACCUCGGCAUGGACCAACAGUACGAUAUUUACCUGAACAUUAUACCAGCUAGUACAUCAGCACAAGCCACAACAGAGGUGUCUGAUGCUAUGAGUCACCUCGCUCUGAAGUAAGGCGAUCUGAAAAGUCCAUUCAAAAGAACUGGUCUUGCAGCUAAGACAUCUGGUCAUUCUGGACAUCCAAAAAUGUUUUUGCCUUAGUGGAACCAACUUCAAACCUCAAGACAACUAGAAAAUUGAAAGUGACUACUGUAUUGACUCUGGUAACACAGAGUUAGCCACAGUGGCCUUACUCCUUUAUGAAGAUUUGUCUUUUCUUGUUUCGUCUUUCCUCUUUCAGAAGUCAUAUU